ACAUUUUCACAGUCGAGCAGCUGCUCUGAGGGUGUUUGAACCCGCAAAAGAAUACUGACCAGCAUGCGGUAAACAUCCAUAUUUCACCUCGUCCGCAAGAUUCAGUCGUAGGUAUUCUGUCAGUGUGAAAUUGAAACAAACUGUGAAUAGUUUAGUGCAGCGGCUGGAGCGUUAUGAGAAGUUGAAUGAAUAAGAGAUCCAAUCGCUCCACUAGACAAUAAUAAUUGAAGAGUACAGCUUUCCGUUAUAAAAGAACCAUCAAAUUACGUACACCAGGACCGUACUGACCAGUGGCCAUGUUGAGCAGGCAAGUGAUCAGAUUUUUGUUACUAAACAAAUGCUGCACUCGGAGGGCCAGUGGUACCGCGUUGGAUUUUCAAGACGUACCCCAGCCCAAAGGAUUGCCCCUUGUAGGUACCACUUUCUCUUUGAUAGCAGCUGGAGGACCGGCCAAGCUUCACAAGUACAUAAAUGGUAGACACGAGAAGCUUGGACCGAUUUUCAAAGACAAUGUCGGACCCGUCACGGCUGUGUUCUUGUCAGAUCCGGACGAGAUGAGGGCUGUUUUCGCGAAAGAAGGAAAAUAUCCCAUCCAUAUCAAACCGGAAUCAUGGCUGAUUUACAACGAGAAAUUCGGUUGCUCAAGGGGUUUAUUCUUCAUGGACGGAGAGGAAUGGCUGCAUUUCAGAAGGAUAAUGAAUAAAUUAUUACUCAAGGGCAAUUUGUCCUGGAUAGAAGAUUCUUGUGAUGUUGCUAGUCAGUUAUUUAUAGAUACGAUCAAAGCAAAUACCAAACAGGAGUUACCCAAUGUAGAAGAUUCACUAUAUAAAUGGUCUUUAGAUGUAAUAGUAUCAAUUCUUGUAGGAAAGCGAACAUAUCAACAGUAUCACAAAGAAAUGGAACCUUUGGUUCAAGAUUUGGCUGCCACAAUACACUUGGUAUUUCGAACAACGAGUAAAAUGCAGCUCUUGCCAGCCAGGUUAGCCGAAAAAUAUCAACUAUCCCGUUGGAAACAUUUCGAAAAAUCCGUUAAUGACGCUCUUGGUUCUGCUUAUAAAAUGUUGGAUUACUUGCAGUCGAAUUUCGGCGAGACAGAUGGUCUUCUGGCAAAAAUGAUCCAUGAAGAAGUGCCGAAGAAGGAACUCGAUAGAAUCGUUGUCGAUCUUAUUCUUGGUGCUGGAGAUACGACAGCAUACAGUAUGGCGUGGAUUUUAUUUGCCAUAUCGAAAUACCCAGAAGUUCAACAUGAGAUUCGACGUCAACUCAGAAGUGAUCAGAACACGCCUCUUCUAAAAAAUGUAGUAAGAGAAACAUUGAGGCUUUAUCCCGUAGCUCCGUUUUUGACUCGUAUAAUACCUGAAGACGUUGUACUUUGUGGAUAUACUAUACCAGCGAAUACCUUGAUUGUAAUGUCAAUUUAUACUAGUGGAAGAAGUGAGAAAUAUUUCAAGAAUCCUAACAAAUUCAUUCCUGACAGGUGGUUGAGAAAUAGUUCGGCUAAUUCGAAUGUUAUCCAACAGGCUAGUUUGCCGUUCGGGAUGGGGAGCAGGUCUUGUAUUGGUAAAAAGAUUGCUGAAACUCAGUUUCAGAUGACCCUCAGGAAGGUCGUGGAAAACUUUUUUGUGGAGAUUAAGAAUGCAGAUCAGAUUGAAAACGUUAUGCAAAUGGUUUCCAAGCCUUCGAAACCUUUGAAACUGAUAUUCAAUAAAAUAUAAGACAUGAACAGGUUUUUUUUAAUCAUCUGGUUGUUGUUGACAUAACAAUUUAUUACCCUUGGAAAGUGAGUGAUGCAUUGAAGCAGGAAAUAUCAUUUUUUCACGUUCGAAGAAGAUAGAUCAUGUGGGCGUCUCUAAAAUCCGCUAUGUGCAUUUUUUUAAUAGUUAGAUCUGUAAGGACCUCAUUUCACCUAUCUGUGUGAUUUGGGUCAAUAACUAUGUGACGAAACCUAACCUGAAUAUAUUAUUUAUACAGGGUGUUCCAGAAUAACGUUCAUAUACUCCGGGAGGUGAUUUUAAGAAAUCGAAAAUGCCCCUGUUAUCUGUUACACACCGAGAGAAAUAUCUAUUAGCUGUUAUACGAAAUUGUAUAACCAUUAAAAGAUUUCUGAAUUGAAUAUCACUUAUAUGAGAAUGAAAUGACACUCAUAUAGGGGUCAAAUGACUAGCAUUUCAAUGCUAUACGAUGAUAUUAUAAAAAUGAGAAGAUACUCAUAUAAAUUUGACUUGUUUUCAAUUUGAUAGUCAAAUAAAAAGCAUUUCAAUAUUGAAUAGUGAUAUU